AUGGCAGCCCCCCGUACUCUGCCUCCCGUCCCACAACGCACGCUCGUCUCCCCCUCCGACUUCGACUCCAACCGCGAAGCCCUCCGCCUGCUCUUAACUGGAUCCACCGACCCCGACUCCAAAGCCAGCCAACACAGCCGCCGCGCAAGCGUCCUCCGUCAAGCCUACGAGCAUGACCCGACCGCACAGAAUGCGCUCCUCCUCCUAGAGGAGGCCGUUGAGGCCGCCCGAGCCGCCGUGAAGCACACGUCCCCGCGGGAUAGAUUUUAUCGCCCGGCGCGGCUCAGUGACUUGUCCCGGCUCCUGCAGAUGCUUUAUGAGCACUACCCGGUUGUGCCCACCACCACUACCGACCAAGAAGCUCAAGGAGGAACACGAGCCUCCCUCGCAUUUGAAGCCAUCUCCAUCGCUCGCGAAGCCGCCGAACUGACCCCCGCUGAUCCCAACAGCGGCAGCCGUGCGGCGCGAUACUCCCAGCUUGCCCGUCUGCACAUGCAGCUGCGGUUCAAAGCGACAACCACCAAGGACCUCGCAUCGUUGGACGACGCUAUCGUGGCCGCCCGAAUAGCAGUCGAUGCCACCCCGCCGGGCUACAUCCACGACGCUGCUGCGCGCCGCGGUGUACUUGCCCACGCGCUGGAGACACGAUUCCGGCAGGUGCAUCGGGAGGGAGACCUGCGCGAGGCUAUCCAGGAGGUGGAACGGGCCGUGGCCGUCACGGGUGGUAGUGGGGUUCCCGGGUCGGUUCACAUACCACAGGGUGACCAUGCUGGCCUGGUAGGACACCUGGCGUUGAUGUGCGGCCGGCUGUGGCUGCUGCGCCGUGACGCGGGCGAUAUUCGUUUGCUGGACGAUGCGGUGCGGUAUGGCAGUUUGGCGGAGAGCUUGACGCCAGACUCGGACCUUGACAAGAAGGCGGCUAGGCUACGGAACGCGAGCAUGAUGCUGCUUAGACGAUACGAGGCGCAGCGGGCCCCGUUACGGAAGAGGGUGGACUUAGACGAGGCUGUGCGGCUGGCGCAGGACAGCUUGAACCGUACAGUGUCGUUGUCCGAUCAUCAGGACCGGGACAAGAAGCUGGGCUCUCGGCGGGCUCAUCUCGCGCGGGUGCAGCUGGCACGGUACGAGUACCUGCGGGACGACGAAGCCGACCUUGAGCGCGCUGUUGAGAACGCCCGGCGGGCGUUGACAGCCCCGGGAACCAAAUGGCACAGGUGCGCGGCGCUGACUAUACUGGGGACCGCGCAUCAACUGCUUUUCCGAAGCAGACUUGACAGCAAGUACCUUGAACUGGCGAUCGAUUUUGCCCAGGACGCCGUCGAAGAGAUGCCGAAACCCGCCGCAGGGAUGCUGAGCAACUUCGCGAACGCGCUGCUGUUGGGCUUUCGACGGUUCCGGGAAUCGCCGUAUCUCGACGCUGCCCUGUUGUACGCCGAAAAGGCCCUCGAGGUGUCCAGUGGUUCUCAGUACAACGACUCGGACCGCGCCGCCCGGCACUCGGAUCUUGCUGACAUCUACGGGGCGAAAGCGAGAAAGGCAGCGGAUGGUGACGGUAGCGGUGUCGAUGGAAAUAAAAGUGUUGAGUUACUGCACAUGGCGCUGCACCACGCGCUCGCGGCACUCCGGCUCACGCAGCCCUCAGAUCCCCAUCGGCUCCGGCGGCUGAGCAUCUACGGCAGCGCCGUGGCUGUUUUCCGCCAGGAGGUCCCCGAGGCCGGCGUCCCCUCGUUGGACCGGACCAUCCAAGAGGUUGAGGAGAUGGUCGGCUCCGGGGCGGGCGUUAUCACAGGGGGCGCAAUAGAGGGCCACGACCUGGGUGCGCUCCGGAGUAAUCUCGGACGCAUGCUCGAGGCGCAGGGCCAGCUGAGCCGGGCGCGGGAUGUUUAUGAACAGGUGGGAAUGUCGGCCGCUUCGCUGCCCAUGACGCGCAUCCUGGCGCUGCGCAAGGCCGGCAUCCUGUAUGCCAACGAGGCUAAGUGGUCGGACGCGCUCACCAUGUUCCGCGAGGCUAUCUCGUUGCUUUCCCGGGGUCAGGCGCUGCAGUCGCUUCGCCUCGACGACCAUGAGGACACCCUCUCGCAUCUUUCUGGCCUGGCCUCACUAUCUCCGGUCGCGGCCCUUUAUGCGGGCGAGUCGCCCCGGGAGGCGCUUGUCUGGGCGGAAAGGGGCCGGGGCAUCAUUGCUAAACUUGCCGUGAACGCUCCACUUCAACUGAUUCAAGACCACCGAAGUGGCAACGGCAAAGGGCAAAAUCCAACCGGCAGCAGUAUCUUUGGACAUGUCAAACAACUGUUCACCGCCACAUCCAGGGCCACCUGGCGGAGCUGGCGCGGCCUGAUGCCUCCUCUCCCAGCCCUCCAAGAACACGAGGCACCCCCAUCCGCACCCCCAGUCGGCGGUCUCCUCUCCGACGUUGAAACCAAGCUGACCGACGCUGAACUGCGCAAGCUCGCCGAGCCGGGGCCCAUCAUAUCAUACACGACCUCCCGAUACGGCAGCACCAACGGUAACGGCGCCUUCAUUAUCACGGCCCAGCACGGCGUCCAGUUUCUGCCCCUGCCCGCCCUCCAUCACAUCGACGUCGAGCGCAGGACCCGCAUCCUCCACAGCAUCCGAAACAGUGCCCGUUUCCGCCGCCGAGACAACACGGCGUUGAACGAGGACAUCCUCCCGUGGCUGUGGCAUACGGCUGUUGAGCCUGUGUUGCACCAGCUGGAUGCGACACUAACCUUGCGUACCACCAGAUCCAGCCAAGAUCAAGACGGCCAGCGGUUGCUCCCGCGGGUGUGGUGGGUGUCUGGUGGUCUGUUGGGCUCGUUCCCACUGCAUGCGGCGGGGACGGAUUGGGGGCCGACAUCACGAGACUGUGCUAUGCGACGGGUCGUGUCGUCGUAUGUGCCGUCAGUCAUGGGGUUGUGGCUGGCGCGGACGGUAACAGCAGACUUACCACCGCCAGAAGUAAAACCAGACGACCCUGACUCCAAAUCGAACAUCAAGCAACUUCUCUUCAUCGCCGUGCCACAACCCGCAGACGGAAGGAUGCCCGAGCUAAACGUCAAAGCGGAGCUGAAGGCCCUCGAAGAGAGCGCCGAUGGCGUCCUGGACAUAGAACCACUAUGGAACCCAGACAAACGCAUCGUGUUGGACCGCCUGGCCGGUGAUGACGCCACCGUCGUGCAUUUUGCAUGUCACGGGACGUCGGAGCAGGAGCAGCCGUCGAAGAGCGCGUUGUUGCUACGGGAGGAGCGACUUACAGCCGGCGAGCUGAUGACUCUAUACGUAGGAUCCGGGGCAGGGAAACAGCCAGGUCCGGAGCUAGUGGACGAGGCUAUUCACCUUGCCAGCGCGUUGUUUUGGUUUGGGUUCCCAAAUGUGGUGGGGCCGUUGUGGGAGGUGCUGGACCGAGCGGCGCGGCAGGUCACGGGGGACUUUUAUGAGCACCUUGCGAAGAGCGUUUUUCUUUUUGAGGCGGGAGGUGAUGGGAAGGGGAAGAGGAACAAAAAGGGACGGGAAUUACCGCCGAGAGCGGUUGCGGAUGCGUUGCAUGAGGCUAUCCUUGCGCGUCUCCAGGACAGUACGGCGAGGUUGGACUAUGCGAGUUGGGCGUCGUUUGUUCAUGUUGGGAUUUGA